AUGUUGGUGAGGGAGCAAAAUUAUAAUGCCCAGGAAGCUCUAGAAAGGAUUCAGAAUGAUUCUGGCGAUGAAGAUUUUGAAAGCGAUCAAAACAAAGUUGAAUCGUAUGAGUUGGCGAGUGAAGAUGAAAGUGGCGAGUCUGAAGAUGUGUCCGGCACAGGUCUGAAGAUGUGUCUGGCACAGGGGUUAACAUGGGGGCUGGCAGUGAAGGGUUUAACUGAGUUGAAGGUAUUAAACAAAAGGAAAACUCGCUCGAAUUCAAUAGUUUGUGACAAAGGUCCAGAUGUUAAGGGAAAGAGCCUACAAAGUAUUGUAACAAAUGCAAGUAGUCAAGACCCCACAGAGCAACUUGGUGCUGUACAAGCUGCUAGGAAACUUCUUUCAAAGGAUCGUAACCCCCCUAUUGAUGAGCUAAUAGAUUCUGGCAUUCUCCCAGUUCUGGUGAAGUGCUUGGAGAGAGAUGACAACCCUUCUCUUCAAUUUGAGGCAGCUUGGGCCUUAACAAACAUAGCCUCGGGCACUUCAGAACAAACAAAGGCUGUAGUUAAAGCUGAUGCUGUCAAGUAUUUCAUGAAGCUACUGGAAUCGCCUCAUCAAAAUGUGUGUGAGCAAGCAGUUUGGGCACUUGGAAACAUUAUUGGGGAUGGUCCUGGUUUAAGAGAUUUUGUCAUUCGUCAUGGUGUAGUCAAACCACUGCUCAAGUUUGUGAACCCCAAUGUCCCGAUCAGUUUCUUAAGGAAUGUCACAUGGGUGAUAGUAAAUCUCUGUAGAAACAAAGACCCCCCACCUCCCAUGGAAACAAUUCAGGAGGUCCUACCAGCACUAGCUCUUCUCAUUCACCAUCCAGAUCUAAAUAUUUUGGUUGACACGGUUUGGGCCUUGUCAUAUCUGACAGAUGGUGGUAAUCAUCAAAUCCAGGUUGUUAUUGAAAGUGGAGUUGUGCCUUCCCUUAUCCCUUUGUUGAGUCAUGCCGAAAUCAAACUGCAGACAGCAGCAUUGCGUGCAGUGGGAAACAUUGUAACAGGAACAGAUGAACAGACACAGGUUGUUCUCAACCAUGAUGCUCUGAGUCACUUUCCAGCAUUACUUAACCACCAUAAGGAAAAAGUAAAAAAGGAAGCAGUUUGGUUCUUGUCUAACAUCACAGCUGGUAAUCAGACCCAGGUUCAGGAAAUUAUUAAUGCAGGACUUGUCCCACUUAUUAUUCAAACUUUAGAAACGGGUGAAUUUCUGACACAGAAAGAGGCAGCGUGGGCAAUUAGUAAUUUCACAGUCAGUGGCAAUCCACAACAGGUAGCAGUUCUUGUAGAAUGUGGUGCCAUUCCCCCAUUCUGCAAAUUACUGGAUUGCAUGGAUACUCAGGUAAAUGACGUUUGUUUUAAAUUCAGUCCUUAUGCCUAUUUGACCUGUUGUGACAAAAAGAUUAUUCAUGCAGCCGGUGUGCUCCAGUUAUUUUUACACCUAUCCCACUGGUGGUUACAAGGGUCCUUUUCAUGUCCUUCAGGUUUAGACAAAAUCGAAUUCCUUCAGCAACACGAAAACGAAGAAAUCUAUAAGCUUGCCUUUGGAAUAAUCGAUCAUUACUUCUCAAAUGAGGGUGAUAAUGGCGAUGAAGAAUUAGCCCCGACAGAAGUGGACGGUCAGUUUGAGUUUCAAGCAAAGGACAACAUUCCUCCUGGUGGCUUCAAGAUCUGAAAAGAACGAAACUCUACAUUCUCUCUGCUACAUUGAGAAAACUGACAACUGAAUAACGAAAAUCAGAGAGUGAUGAAUCGAGUGCGUGCGAGCGAGGGUGCGUGCGUGCGUGCGAGCAAACACGCGAGUGUGAGAACGGACGAAUCGCGAUAGUGAGAGCCGAUUUAAAGAUCAAAGAAUGAACGAGAGAGAGAGAGAGUGAGUUAGAGGGAGUGUAUCGACUAGUCUCUUGCUGUGCUACACAUCGCUAAUUAACUCCGCCCCUGACCACUCAGUGAUUGACAAGCCAUGGGACCGCUUAGUCAAAGUAACGUAAUUAAAAUUGUUUUUAAUCUUUUCCGAACGUUCACAGAGGUGCCGGCGGUCGGAACCUAGCGACAGCUACUGGGCCAGCUGGAAUGUUGCUUCGUAAGUCAACCGUGGCUUGGAUUCAUUAGUGUUAGAAGACACACUACUUCGAUGUAGCAAAACGGUAACAGUGCACUUUGUACAAAUCUCCUAUUAAGACAAGACAUUACACGUUCGUUUGUCGACGUGCGUUCGAGGGCUUCUAUGGGUGUACUUAGUCUUACACGUUCCCAAUAGGAUUACCUUUUUUUUCUCUUUGAGCCUUUGAAGUAAUGGACUGAACAUCAACACCGACCAGUAUUUAGCUGUUAUGUUUUAGACAUUUCUAGUAUAUUUUCCUUGUAGAGAAUUACAGUCUCUGGAAUCUGAUUGGCAGUCUGAGAAGUACCCUUUUGUUCGUGUUAGCGUAGGGAACUUUUCCGUUUUUAGCGAUCAAGUGGAACUAAUACCAAUCUUAGUUUUAUCACAUUCUUAUGAACUGAGUUGUUAUGUAUCAAAUUGUAAAGUAACGAAUUUUAUCAGUAAAUUUAUCAUUUUCUCGUA